UGGGUUUUGGCGAGGGAAGAGAGGGAGCCACCAUGUGUGAGGGACAAAGGAGACAAGGCCAAAACUCUUCUUUCUCUCCCCUCUCUUGUUCUCCCUUUAUCUCUCUCUCUCUCUCUCUCACUGAGCUAGGCCUAAUCCUAAUGCUGCUAGCUCACUCCAGUCCUAUAUUCAAAUGACAGUUAGGGCUGUCUGUCUGGCAUGACAGCAAGUAGGCAUGUUACAUGUAGACCCACUACUAAUACACACACACACAUCAUGAACACCCUUGACUAUUACAUAAAUACCCAGUAUAGCCCCCUAAAUACACACAUACUCAUUGUCUCAUAUUCACACAACGUUAUUAUAGUUUUGUUUUUAUUUAUAUGCGUUUUAAGAUGUUUUUUUAGUUUCAGUUAGUUUUCAGAUCCAUUUAGUUAAAGCUUUAUAAAACCAUUCCUAUUUUGUUUUUAUAUUAUUUAGUGUUAGGGCCAGAAAGUAGCCUAUGCAUGGCAGGCUAGGAGCCAUGUAUGUGUUGAAUAGUUUGUGUUUUUGGGGAUGUCACUUCUUGCCACUGUGGGGCUGUAAUGCAAAAAGGUGAUGGGAAAGGUCAUACUGUAUGUUAGGUUUAAACGUAGACUAAGCAAGAUGGCAUUGAUGUACAAAGUAAACCGUUGUAGUGUGUCAAUUUCCGCAACAACCAGGAGUGUUGGAAGUGCAAUGCUAAACUUCAACAUUGUUUUGGUCCAGUAGCUACCAUGUUGUGGCAGCGUGAAGAACCCGUGCACUAGUGAUGCGCGGGUUGACUCAUAACCCGCAGUCCCACAGUUAUAUCCGCAGUGCGCGCAGGUUUAUGGUCAUUAAAUAUUGUGUGGUUGAAGGUCGGGUGGGUUGAAUAAAAGAGAACAAUUCCUUAAAUACAUCAUUUUGAGUUUGAGUUUAUUUUUACAGGGACAGUGCAUUAAUCAACGUUUCAGUAAAAGUGCCGGUUUUAGCCAGCCGGCUAAUUUUGAACCUCAGUCCCUGGGCCAAUCACCAUUCUCAGUUUGGCGCCGACAGAGAUGGACGCCUCGCUUCGCAUUCUUAGGAAAGGAAUAUGACUUUCCCGAAGCGGUUUGGACCACCACCCAGGACAAUUGAUCAGAUCCCAGUAGUCGACCCAAAACAACGGUCCUGCAGACGGAGCGGUCUUCUGGUCAGGCUCCGUAGACGGGCACAUCGCCCACCGCUCCCGAUUUAUACUUGUCACGACUUCCGCCGAAGUUGGUUUCUCUCCUUGUUCGGGCGGCGGCGGUCGGCGUCGCCGGUCUUCUAGCCAUCAUCGAUCCACUUUUAAUUUUCCAUUUGUUUUGUUUUGUCUUGUCUUCUGAGAAGUGCCUGUUCUUCCAGCAGUCCGUCUCCUUCCUAGGGUACCGCAUUUCCACCUCUGGGGUGGAGAUGGAGAGUGACCGCAUUGUAGCCGUGCGUAAUUGGCCGACUCCCACCACGGUAAAGGAGGUGCAGCGGUUUCUUGGGUUCGCCAAAUCCUACCGGAGGUUUUGGUCAGGUAGCGGCUCCCAUUACGUCACUGCUGAAGGUGGGCCUGGUGAGUUUGCAGUCGUCGGCUGAGGAAGACAGGGCUUUUGGUCACCUGAGGACUCAGUUUACCUCAGCUCCCGUACUGGCCCAUCCGGAUCCCUCUUUGGCGUUCAUAGUGGAGGUGGAUGCGUCCGAGGCUGGGAUAGGAGCCGUGCUCUCUCAGCGCUCGGGUACGCCACCGAAGCUCCGCCCCUGUACCUUCUUCUCGAAGAAGCUCAGCCCGGUGGAGUGUAACUAUGAUUUUGGGGACCGGGAGCUGUUGGCUGUCGUAAAGGCUCUGAAGGCGUGGAGACUGGCUUGAGGGGGCUAAACUCCCUUUUCUCAUCUGGACUGACCACCGCAAUCUGGAGUACAUCCGGGCAGCGAGGAGACUGAACUCUCGCCAGGCAAGGUGGGCCAUGUUUUUCACCCGUUUUGUGUUCACCCUUUCCUACAGACCAGGCUCCUAGAACGUGAAGGCAGACGCAUUGUCCCGGCUGAAUGACACAGAGCGGCCCAUGGAUCCCACUCCCAUACUCCCAGCCUCCUGCCUGGUGGCGCCGGUAGUGUGGGAGCUGGACACAGAAAUUGAGCAGGCGUUACGUGCAGAGCCCGCCUCCAUUCAGUGUCCCGCUGGGCGUCUGUACGUCCCGUCUGCUGUUCGUGACCGGUUGAUCUAUUGGGCCCACACGUCACCCUCCUCUGGUCAUUCUGGGAUCGGUCAGACAGUGCGCUGUUUGAGCGGGAGGUACUGGUGGCCUACCUUGGCUAAGGACGUGAGGGUUUAUGUUUCCUCCUGCUCGGUGUGCGCCCAGUGUAAGGCUCCUAGGCACCUGGCCAGACGGAAGCUACACCCCAAACCCGUUCCACAACGGCCUUGGUUGCACCUGUCGGUAGAUUUUCUUACCGAUCUCCCCCCUCACAGGGUAACACCACAAUCCUGGUCGUUGUGGAUCGAUUCUCUAAGUCCUGUUGUCUCCUCCCUCUGCCCGGUCUCCCUACAGUCUGCGGAGGCCUUGUUUACGCACGUCUUCCGGCACUACAGGGUACCUGAGAAUAUAGUGUCUGAUUGAGGUCCCCAGUCUAGGGUCUGGAAGGCGUUCAUGGAACGUCUGGGGUUCUCGAUUAGCCUUACUUUGGGGUUUCACCCCGAGAGUAAUGGGCAGGUGGAGAGAGUAAACCAGGAUGUGGGCAGGUUUCUGCGGUCUUAUUGCCAGGACCGGCCGGGGGAGUGGGCGGCAUUCGUGCCCUGGGCCGAGAUGGCACAGAACUCGCUUCACCACUCCUCCACUAACCUCUCUCCCUUCCAGUGCAUACUGGGGUACCAGCCGGUUCUGGCUCCUUGGAAACAGAGUCAGACCGAGGCUCCUGCGGUUGACGACUGGUUCAGGCGCGCGGAGGAGACAUGGGAAGCUGCCCCUGUUCACCUUCAGCGAGCCGUGCUGCGCCAAAAAAAAGAACACAGAACGUCACCGCAGUGAGGCCCUGGUGCUCGCAACGGGAGACCGGGUCUGGCUCUCUACCCGAAACCUGCCCCUCCGUCUGCCCUGCCAGAAGCUGGGUCAGCGGUAUGUGGGGUACGGUCACGACUUCCGCCGAAGUUGGUUCCUCUCCUUGUUCGGCGGUCGGCGUCGCCGAUCUUCUAGCCAUCAUCGAUCCACUUUUCAUUUUCCAUUUGUUUUGUCUUGUCUUCCCACACACCUGGUUUCAAUUCCAUCAUUACAUGUUGUGUGUUUAACCCUCUGUUCCCACCACGUCCUUGUCCGGAAUUGUUUAUUUUAAGUGCAUGUGCACGUUUAUCUGGUGUGCGACGGGUUUUGUACCCAUUGAUUGUUUGUUCUGAUUCCGGUGGGUUUUAUUUAUUGAACUGCUUCGUUGUAACACAGUUUUUGCUCUCCUGCACCUGACUUCUCUGCUGCCAGUACGCACCCCUUACAAUACUACUCACCAAUGUCCAGUCUCUUGACAACAAGGAGGAUGAAAUUUGAGCAAGGGUUGCCUGCCAGAGAGACAUCAGAGAUUCUAACAUUCUUUGUUUCACGCAAACAUGGCUCACUCGGGAUACGAGUCUGUACAGCCACCCGGUUUCUUCACACAUUGCGCCGACAGAAACAAACAUCUCUCUGGUAAGAAGAAGUAUGCCUUAUGAUUAACAAUUAGGGGUGUGAACAUAACAACAUACAGGAACUCAAGUCCUUUUGUUCACCUGACCUAGAAUUCCUUACGAGUAAAUGCCGACCGCAUUAUCUAUCAAGAGAAUUCUCUUAGAUUAUACUCACAGCUGUGUAUACCCCCCACCCCCCAAGCAGACACCUCGAUGUCCCUGAAAGAAACUGGAAAUAACAUAUCCUGAGGCUGCAUUUAUUGUAGCUGGGGAUUUUAACAAGGCUAAUUGGAAAACAAGGCUCCCUAAAUUUUAUCAGCAUAUCAAAUUCGCGACCCGGGCUGGUAAAACUCUAGAUCAUUGCUACUCUAAAUUCCGCGACGCAUACAAAGCCCUCCCUCGCCCUACUCUUGGCAAAACUCAAUUUUGUUCCCAGCCUAUAGACAGAAACUAAAACAGGAAACACCCGUGCUCAGGUCUGUUCAACGCUAGUCUGACCAAUCUGAUUGCAUGUUUUUCGAACACGUGGACUGGGAUGUGUUCUGGAUAGCAUCGGACAAUAACAUUGAUACGCUGAUUCGGUGAGCGAGUUUAUUAGCAAGUGCAUCAGUGAUGUGGUACCCACGGUGAAUAUUAAAACCUUCCCCAACCAGAAACCGUGGAUUGAUGGCAGCAUUCACGCAAAACUGAACGUGCGACCCAUUGCGAACCACUGCGAACCACAGCGAAUACAAACAGUGUAGUUAUGCCCUCCGCAAGGCAAUCAAAAGACAAAGUAGAGUCGCAAUUCAACGGCUCAGACACGAGAGGUAUGUGGCAGGGUCUAUAGUCGAUCACGGACUACAAAAAGAAAACCAGCCCCGUCGCGAACCCCAAUGUCUUACAUUUACAUUUACAUUUAAGUCAUUUAGCAGACGCUCUUAUCCAGAGCGACUUACAAAUUGGUGCGUUCACCUUGCUCCCAGACAAACUAAACGACUUCUUUGCUUGCUUUGAGGACAAUACAGUGCCACCGACAUGGCCCGCUACCAAAACCUGCGGGCUCUCCAUCACUUCAGCCUUCGUGAGUAAAACAUUUAAACGUGUUAACCCUCGCAAGGCUGCCGGCCCAGACGGCAUCCCUAGCUGCGUCCUCAGAGCAUGCGCAGACCAGCUGGCUGGUGUGUUUACGGACAUAUUCAAUCAAUCCCUAUCCCAGUCUGCGGAUUCCCACAUGCUUCAAGAGGGCCACCAUUGUUCCUGUUCCCAAGAAAGCUAAGGUAACUGCGCUAAAUGACUAUCGCUCCGUAGCACUCACUUCCGUCAUCAUGAAAGUGCUUUGAGAGACUAGUCAAGGAUCAUAUUACCUCCCUGGGUCUCGACCCCGCUCUGUGCAACUGGUUCCUGUACUCUCUGACGGGCCGCCCCCAGGAGGUGAGGGUUGGAAACAACAUCUCCACCCCACUAAUCCUCAACACUGGCUCAACACUGGGGCCCCACAAGGGUGUGUUCUCAGCCCUCUCCUGUACUCCCUGUUCACCCAUGACUGCGUGGCCAUGCACACCUCCAAAUCAAUCAUCAAGUUUGCAGACGACACUACAGUGGUAGGCUUGAUUACCAACAAUGACAAGAUGGCCUCCAGGGAGGAGGUGAGGGCCCUCGGAGUGUGGUGUCAGGAAAAUAACCUCACACUCAACGUCAACAAAACAAAGGAGAUGAUCGUGGACUUCAGGAAACAGCAGAGGGAGCACCCCCCUAUCCACAUCGAUGGGACAGUAGUGGAUAGGGUGGAAAGAUUUUAUGUUCCUCAGCGUACACAUCACGGACAAACUGAAAUGGUCCACCCACACAGACAGCGUGGUGAAGAAGGCAUAACAGCGCCUCUUCAACCUCAGGAGGCUGAAGAAAUUUGGCUUGUCACCAAAAACACUCUCAAACUUUUACAAAUGCACAAUCGAGAGCACCCUGUCGGGCUGUAUCACCACCUGGUACGGCAACUGCUCCGCCCACAACCCUAAGGCUCUCCACAGGGUAGUGAGGUCUGCACAACGCAUCACCAGGGGUAAACUACCUGCCCCCCAGGACACCUACAGCACCCGAUGUCACAGGAAGGCCAAAAAGAUAAUCAAGGACAACAACCACCUGAGCCACUGCCUGUUCACCCCGCUAUCAUCCAGAAGGCGAGGUCAGUACAGGUGCAUCAAAGCAGGGACCGAGAGACUGAAAAACAGCUUCUAUCUCAUGGCCAUCAGACUGUUAGACAGCCAUCACUAAUAUUGAGUGGUUGCUGCCAAUAUGCAGACUCAAUCCCUAUCCACUUUAAUAAUUAAUAAUUGGAUGUAAUAAAUGUUUUUACUAGUCAUUUAAACAAUGCCACUUUAUAUAAUGUUUACAUACCAUACAUUACUCAUCUCAUAUGUAUAUACUGUACUCUAUACCAUCUACUGCAUCUUGCCUAUGCCGUUCGGCCAUCGCUCAUCCAUAUAUUUAUACGUACAUAUUCUUAUUCAUUCCUUUACACUUGUGUGUAUAAGGUAGUUGUUGUGAAAUUGUUAGGUUACUUGUUAGAUAUUACUACACGGUCAGAACUAGAAGCACAAGCAUUUCGCUACACUCGCAUUAACAUCUGCUAACCAUGUGUAUGUGACCAAUAACAUUUGAUUUGAUUUUAAAUGCUUUUGGGAACGGGCAGAAAAAGUUCAGGUCAAUCCACAGAGGUAAAAAAGACCAUGUCGGAGUUUAAUUCAAUAAGAGAAACUGUGAAAUGGAAAGUUCGAAAGAGAAGGGAGGGCCAGAAAAGUAAUGUUUGGAAACAAUUUGGUGAAGUGGUAGAAGAGGAUGAUAGCUAUGCUGCCUAUGUUGUGAGGCGCUAUACAAAUUCUACAGUCACAAGAAGCGGACAUCAAAUAGGGAAGUUCAAGGGAAGUGUAACCUACUGAUCAGGUACUGGAAACUGAAAUCUGGACACUCACUGCAGGUUUAUAACUGCUCACAUAUCCUUAAUAUUUAUUAACUACUGCAGAAUGAAUCAUUUCUUGCAGUAGCCUAAAAUGAUACACCAAAUGUGGGCAACAUUUUGACAUGGAAGUAGGAGUGGAGAAAAUAUGAUCUUCUUUCUUUCAGCAGCUUGAGAGAAUCCAAACGCUCAGUUAGAUACAGUCUGUAGAAGUGCUAUCUUUAUCAGCAUCAUAAAAGAUGAUAGUAUUUCAACCACAGAAAAUAUGCAUCCAAGGCGAACUGAAAUCUUAUCAGAAACAUGUUGGGUUGUUUUUACAGCUUUUUUUCCCCUUACAACCAGUCAAAACAAAAACUGAACAUAACUCAUGAGUGGUGGUGGAGUAGUUCCAGGAAAACGACCUUUCCCUCAACGUCAACAAUACGAAGGAGCUGAUCGUGGACUUCAGGAAACAGCAGAGGGAGCAUGCCCCUAUCCACAUCGACGGGACCGCAGUGGAGAAGGUGGAAAGCCUCUGCGUUCCUCUGCGUACAUAUCACUGACAAUAUGAAAUGGUCCACCCACACAGACAGGGUGGUGAAGAAGGCGCAACAGCGCCUCCUCAACCUCAGGAGGCUGAAGAAAUUCUGCUUGGCCCCUAAAACCCUCACAAACUAUUACAGAUGCACAAUUGAGAGCAUACUGUCGGUCUGCCCAAUGCAUCACUGGGGGCACACUGCCUGCCGUCCAGGACACCUAACAGCGCCCGAUGUCACAGGAAAGCCAAAAAGUUAAACAAGGACAUGAGCCACUGCCUUUUUUAACUUCCUACAGCUCUCCGGGGGGCAUAAUAGACAACCUCCAUUUUGAAUGUGUCCAAUCAGAGACAUAUCCACUCCCCCGCCCCCAAAAUGAAGAAUAAUUGUCAAGCACUGACUUUGCUGCUAACUACUUUAUUGAAAGAACAUUGCUUGCUACAACUGUGAUGUGGUUGUCUUACCUCGUUAAGAUGAAUGAGCUAAUUGUAAGUCACUCUAGAUAAGAGCGUCUGCUAAAAGUGUAAAUGAUUGGCCUGUUCCCAGUCCCGUUUGCAAACUCCAGCGCCCCCCUUUCCUCCUCUCUCCCUCCGUCCAUAUCUCCCUCCCCUUCUCCCUCUCUCCAGCAGCAGUCUGUCAGUGUUUCGCAGGGCUCCUGACGUCACUCUCUGUUUGCAUAGCUAUUGUCUUACCCAUCGGGCUGCCUAGCAUGGCUCCAGGGUUGCAGUAUCUGCUUUCAGCUUUUUUUCCCAGGGGCAGUCCAGAGAGAUAAAUUAACAGUGGAGGAGAGGACAAGAGAAGGAGAGGAAAGCAAGAGCUAACAUAGCUACAGCAGGCAGGCUGCUACUUCUGAGUCUGGAUUUUAAAAUACACCUUUUCAGUGGUGGAGAAGAGUUUCUCUUCCCUCUUGUGAGGCCCCUGUUCGGCAGCUGAACUGUGUGCGUGUGUGUGUGUUUUGUGAGCAGUGUGUGUAUGUGGAGGAAGCCCGUUUAGCGGCAACGGGAGCGCCGACUGAGUGAGCAGAGCAUCUGGGCGUCUGAGAGCGAGGGCCGGCUGGCUGGCUGCACUGUGUGCUUUGAUGACCCCCUCUGUGUAGCUGCCUGCUCAACCCCCCCCUCUCUCUCUGUCCCCCUUUUCCCCUCUCCUCUAUCUCCAUCGCAGCUCCCGGCCCAGCCAUGUUUGGCACAGAGUCCUCAUUAAGCAUGUUUCUGAACACCCUGACCCCCAAAUUCUACGUGGCUCUGACAGGGACAUCCUCCUUGAUAUCAGGACUCAUACUGAUAUUUGAGUGGUGGUACUUCAGGAAGUACGGUACUUCCUUCAUCGAGCAGGUGUCAGUGAGCCACCUGCGCCCUCUGCUGGGCGGCGUGGACAACAGCUCCCCAACCAACUCCAACAGCAGUAACGGAGACGCAGACUCCAACCGACAGAGUGUGUCUGAAUGUAAAGUAUGGCGAAAUCCACUGAAUUUAUUUCGAGGGGCGGAAUAUAACCGGUAUACGUGGGUGACGGGCCGAGAGCCACUCACGUAUUACGAUAUGAAUCUCUCGGCACAAGACCACCAGACCUUUUUCACAUGCGACUCUGACCACCUCCGGCAAGCUGACGCCAGUAAGGAACAUGCACACAUCGCCCAGAGACACACACAUCGCCCAGAGACACACACAUCGCCCAGAGACAUCGCCCAGAGACGCACACAUCGCCCAGAGACGCACACAUCGCCCAGAGACACACACAUCGGCCAGAUCACCCAGAGACACACAUAUCGCACACAUCACCCAGAGACACACACAUCGCACACAUCACCCAGAGACACACACAUCACACACAUAUCACCGAGAGAGAGGCCCAGAGACGCCCACAUCGCCCAGAGACGCCCAGAGACGCCCAGAGACGCCCACAUCGCCCAGAGACGUCCACAUCGCCCAGAGACGCCCACAUCGCCCAGAGACGCCCACAUCACACAUGUCACCCCGAGACGCACACGUCACCCAGAGACGCACACGUCACCCAGAGACGCACACACACACACACGUCACCCAGAGACGCCCACAUCGCCCAGAGACGCCCACAUCACACAUGUCACCCCGAGACGCACACGUCACCCAGAGACGCACACGUCACCCAGAGACGCACACACACACACACGUCACCCAGAGACGCCCACAUCGCCCAGAGACGCACACGUCACCCAGAGACGCACACACACACACACGUCACCCAGAGACGCCCACAUCGCCCAGAGACGCCCACAUCGCCCAGAGACGCCCAGAGACGCCCACAUCGCCCAGAGACGCCCAGAGACGCCCACAUCGCCCAGAGACGCCCACAUCACACAUGUCACCCCGAGACGCACACGUCACCCAGAGACGCACACGUCACCCAGAGACGCACACACACACACACGACGCCCAGAGACGCCCACAUCGCCCAGAGACGCCCAGAGACGCCCACAUCGCCCAGAGACGCCCAGAGACGCCCACAUCGCCCAGAGACGCCCACAUCACACAUGUCACCCCGAGACGCACACGUCACCCAGAGACGUACACGUCACCCAGAGACGCACACGUCACCCAGAGACGCCCACAUCGCCCAGAGACGCCCACAUCACACAUGUCACCCAGAGACGCACACGUCACCCAGAGACGCACACACACAGCACCCAGAGACGCACACACACAGCACCCAGAGACGCAUACACACACACACACAGCAUCCAGAGACACACACACAGCACCCAGAGACGCACACACACACACACACAGCACCCAGAGACGCACACACACAGCACCCAGAGACGCAUACACACACACACACAGCAUCCAGAGACACACACACAGCACCCAGAGACACACACACACACACACACAGCACCCAGAGACACCCACCCAGAGAGACACACACAGAGCACCGAGACACACAUACGUCACCCAGAGACACACAGCACCCAGACACACACACAUAGCACCUAGAGAAACACCCAGAGACACACACACACACAGCACCCAGAGACACACACACACACAGCACCCAGAGACACACACACCCACAUCAACCCGGAGACACGCACA